CGGGAGGCUAGGAGCCCACAGGAAGUGACUGGGUGCAGAGCUGCUGGGUCUUCGCUGCCAUACCCCUGCCAGACGGGAGCUGCAGGCCGACAAGGUCGGGGGCAUGUCCGCGGAGAGCCGGGACCCUGCGUCAGAGGGGCCUCAGGGCUGGCCCCUGGGGUCAGGUGGGCACUCUGGGAACUCAGGCUCAGGUCAGUGCCCCCCUCCCACCACGCCCGCCGCCUGGAGCCUGCCCCUCUGGAGAGCUUACGUGGCUGCCGCAGUGCUCUGCUACACCAACCUCCUGAACUACAUGAACUGGUUCAUCAUCGCAGGAGUGCUGCUGGAUGUACAGAAGUUUUUUCAGAUCAGUGACAGCCAUGCUGGUUUGCUUCAGACAGUCUUCAUCGGCUGCCUGCUGCUGUCUGCACCCGUGUUUGGCUACCUGGGCGACCGACACAGCCGCAAAGCCACGCUGAGCUUUGGGAUCCUGCUCUGGUCAGGAGCAGGCCUCUCCAGCUCCUUCAUCUCCCCCCAGUAUUCCUGGCUCUUCUUCCUGUCCCGGGGAGUCGUAGGCACUGGCACCGCCAGCUACUCCACCAUCGCACCCACCAUCCUGGGCGACCUCUUCGUGAAGGACCAGCGGACCCGAGUGUUGGCCAUCUUCUACAUCUUUAUUCCUGUUGGAAGUGGUCUGGGCUACGUGCUGGGUUCGGCUGUGAAGGAGCUGACUGGGAACUGGCGUUGGGCCCUCCGAAUAAUGCCCUGCCUGGAAGCCGUGGCUUUGGUCCUGCUUAUCGUGCUGGUUCCAGACCCGCCCCGGGGAGCUGCUGAGAAGCAGGGGGCGUUGGCCACGGGGGGCCUGAGAAGCAGCUGGUGUGAGGACGUCAGAUACCUGUGGAGAAACUGGAGUUUUGUGUGGUCGACUCUUGGAGUGACAGCCCUGGCCUUUGUGACUGGAGCUCUGGGCUUCUGGGCCCCCAAGUUUCUGUUCGAGGCCCGUGUGGUGCAUGGGCUGCAGCUUCCCUGCUUCCGGCAGCCAUGUAACAGUGAGGACAGCCUGAUUUUUGGGGCACUGACUGUUGUGACUGGCAUCAUUGGAGUUGUUCUGGGGGCAGAGGCUUCAAGGAGGUACAAGAAAGUCAACUCGCGGGCCGAGCCCCUCAUCUGUGCCUCCAGCCUGCUUGCCGCAGCCCCCUGCCUCUACCUGGCUCUCAUCCUGGCCCCGACCACCCUCCUGGCCUCCUAUGUAUUCCUGGCACUUGGGGAGCUGCUUCUGUCCUGUAACUGGGCAGUGGUUGCGGACAUCCUGCUGUCAGUGGUGGUGCCCAGAUGCCGGGGGACAGCAGAGGCGCUUCAGAUCACAGUGGGCCACAUUCUGGGAGAUGCCGGCAGCCCCUACCUCACUGGACUUAUCUCCAGCGCCCUGCGGGCCAGGCGGCCCGACUCCUACCUGCAGCGCUUCCUCAGCCUUCAGCAGAGCUUUCUGUGCUGUGCCUUUGUCAUCGUCCUGGGGGCCGGCUGCUUCCUGAUGGUUGCGCUGCACCUGGAGAGAGACCAGGCCCAGGCCCAACAGCCUGGAACAGGGACCCCAGACGGCAAGGACGCGGCAGACUGCAAGGUCGGGGAGAGCCAAAGCCUGCUUUCUGGCACGAGGGCCUCCACGGAGAACCCCUGAGGCCGUUGCCCCUCAGCAAGGAGCUUUCACCCACCCUGCCUGCACCCCUCCCGUUGGCCCCUGCUCACAUUGGCUGUUACUCAGGGACCCUGGCCGAGCUACACCUGCCACUUCUUCACUCCCAGCUAGAGAGCUGGCAGGGCCUGCGGUUGGGCUGGGAAUUGAGCUGUCAGCACCCUCUGUGGGAGGUCUGGGCCUGUGCCUGCACCCAGCACCAGGCUCCUCAGCCUGGGGUCUUCAGCCUGGCUGCUGGCGGGUCCCGAUUAAAGUAUGGCCAGUACAAA